AUGCUUCGAAUCAGACAGGUUCGCGGCCGAUGGCCCGCGCCCGGUUCGCCGCCUCUUUUGCGGGCUCAGACGCUGCCCACACGAAAACUGCACCUCACACACCUGCCCCGUCAUGUGCACCAUCUUCCCACGACUCUGGGAGACAACAAGCGCCACGUGUCCUUCUUUGCGAUCCUCGGCAAGGCCGUGCGGGUUCCCGCGGCUCUGGGAGGCGUCAUGGUCGGCGGAGCAGCCUACGUCAACCACAAGGUGAACGAAGCGACCGGGUUUGCGUCCGACAAGCUGAAUGGCGUGACCGACUGGGCCAAGGGCGCCGUGGACGGCAUUUCCGGGUUUGGAGAAAACACCGUCAACAGUAUGAAGGACUUCAUGAAGGAAUUCAGCCAGGCCAGAAGCGAAAGUGCUGCUGAAGGAGCAGACGCGAACGCAGCGGGAGGAGAGGGCGCUACUGGGGGAGAAGGAGGCUCCGGAGGCUCUGGAGGCAGUCCCAAUGGCGGAGGCACCACAGAUGCUGCUGCUCUGGCUGCCGCGGUAGGAGCUGCCACAUACGACAACUCCGAGGAGGAGAUUGUUGCUCCCAGAACCAACGACGAGGCCAUCAUGCUUCUGACCAAGAAGAUGAUUGAGAUUCGGGCCAUUUUGUCGCGGGUGCAGGAGUCGGAGGCUCUCCAGCUGCCUUCCAUCGUUGUCAUUGGCUCCCAAUCGUCCGGAAAGUCGUCUGUGUUGGAAGCCAUUGUGGGUCACGAGUUCUUGCCCAAGGGUUCCAACAUGGUGACCCGACGGCCUAUUGAGCUGACGCUCAUCAACACACCCGAUUCGGCGUCUGAGUACGGAGAGUUCCCUGCUCUCAACAUGGGCAAGAUCACGGACUUUAGCAUGAUUCAGAGAACUCUUACUGAGCUGAAUUUAGCUGUCCCUGAGAAGGAAUGCAUCUCCGACGACCCCAUUCAGCUGCAUAUUUACUCACCCAAUGUACCCGAUCUGAAUCUGACUGAUCUGCCCGGUUACAUUCAGGUGUCUUCUCACGACCAGCCUAUUGCUCUGAAGACCAAGAUCCAGAAACUGUGUGAAAAGUACAUUCAGCCUCCCAACAUCAUUCUGGCCAUUUCUGCCGCCGAUGUCGAUCUUGCCAACUCUUCGGCUCUCCGAGCUUCUCGAAGAGUUGAUCCUCAGGGCGAACGAACUAUUGGUGUCAUCACAAAGAUGGAUCUCGUCGACCCUAUUAGAGGAUACAACGUCCUCAACAACAAGGAGUACCCUCUGAGCAUGGGUUAUGUCGGAGUUAUCACCCGAGCUCCCUCUGGAGGUCUGUUCCGACGAUCUUCUCGAGUCGGAGAGCUUGUUUCAGCUAACGAAUCUGCCUUCUUCUCCCAGGCGCCCGAGUACAACGGCUGCGAGGUCGGCACCAAUCUGCUCAAGGAAAAGCUCAUGUACACCCUUGAGAAGACGCUUGCUAAGUCGCUGAUCCCCACUUUUGACGCUGUGCAGCAGGAGCUCGAGGAGGCCACUUAUAUGUUCAAGGUGGAAUACAACGAUCGGUCGCUGACUCCCUCUACCUACCUUGCAUCUUCGCUGGACGCGUUCAAGCAGGCGUUCAAGGACUUUUCUAAAUCGUUUGACCGAGAUGAGGUCAAGAACCUGCUUCGAUGCGAGCUGGACCAGCGGGUUCUGGAUCUGCUGGCCCAGCGGUACUGGAACAAGCCCAUUGUGGAGCUGCAAAAUAUGACUGUGGGCGACUUUGCCCAGGACGUUCCUCUUUCCAAGCUCUCCACGGCCUCCAACGACGAUCCCCACUGGCAACGAAAGCUGGACGCCUCUACCAGCACCCUCACCAAGCUUGGUAUCGGCCGUCUGAGCACCAACCUCGUCAUCAACUCUCUGGUGAGCGACAUGGAGCGUCUGACUUCGAACACGUCGUUUGCCGGCCAUCCUUUUGCAUACCAAACCAUCCACGACGCGGCUUCUUCUCUGCUCAACAUGCGAUACUACAGCACCGCCGAGCAGGUUGAGAACUGUAUCAAGCCAUUCAAGUACGAGAUUGAUAUGGAUGACCGGGAGUGGGCUCAUGCUCGAGAUCACUCCUACGUGCUGCUUAAGGAGGAGCUUCGGCAGUGCGAGCAGGCUCUGUCUUCGCUCAAGUCUAACAUUGGCAGCAGAAAGUUGUCGCAAGUGAUGACUUUUGUGGACAAGACUCGGGAGCAGCGAAUGAACGGCAACUCUGUCGUUACUCCAGCCGAGGGCACCGAAGCAUACGGCUUCUCUGCUGCUCUGUUGCAAAAGGGACGGGAGGGUCUCUUUCUGAAAGACCGAACUGAGGUGCUCAAGAUGCGAAUGGCCGCCAUCAAGUCGCGCCAGUGCAAGAACAAGGACAACAAGUACAAUUGUCCCGAGAUUUUCCUUAACGUGGUGGCCGAUAAGAUGACGCAGACUGCCGUGUUGUUCCUCAACGUGGAGUUGCUCAAUGACUUUUACCACAACUUUCCUCGGGAGCUAGACAUGCGGUUUGGCCAGAACUUGACCAAGGACCAGAUUGACAAGUUUGCCAAGGAGGAUCCCAAAAUCAAGCGGCACAUUGAGCUUCAGGAGCGAAAGGAGCUACUUGACGAGGCUCUGCAUAAGAUCAAGGACGUGAUUGCACUGCAGGGCGCGCGGGAACGAGGAGAGCUUGGCCAGCUCCAGCAGCGAAACUUUAGACGAUGA